AUGCCCUCGGGAGUGGCGGAACCCGCGGCGGUGGAGGAGGUGAGGGGAAUGCGCACGUGCUCCGCGGGUGACGGGGAGCGAUGGUGCGCGCCAACGUUAGCGGAAGACGCGAAUGGCGCAGCGAGCGCGGGAUUGACGAGCGGAGAGCGGUUUGGGUUGCCGGAGGAGUUGAGAAACAGAUACGUGCUGCUGCGACACGGGCGGAGCCUGGCCAAUGAGAGAGGACUGAUCGUCAGCAGCCUGGUGAGGCGCGCCCUGCGCGCCGCGCCGUCCUUCCGCCCUCCUUUCCCCCAGCUGUGCCCGUCUGUGCCUCCUACUACCCACCUGCCGCCUCCUGAAGCACUGCCGCCUUUCCCCCUCGUCACCUGCGAAACCCUAUUCCCCCGCUGGACCCCCCUCUGGCUGCUGGAGCAGCGCGGAGUGGCGGGGAGGGACGUGGUGGUGAUGGCGUCACCCUUCAGCCGCACGCAGCAGACAGCCGCUCUGUCAGCGGCGGAGCUGGGCAUCGACGUGCUCGGCACGCGCUUCCAGACAGCGGAGGAGCUGAGGGAGCGCUACUUCGGGCACCACCUGGAGCUCAACUCCCAUGACCUCUAUCCAGCAGUGUGGGUGGACGACAAGAAGGACGCCGCAUUCCGCCCAGGUGGCGAUGGGGAGAGUGUGCUAGCUGUGGCGCAAAGAACGGCGCGUCUCAUUCAACACAUUGAAGAGGCGGUGGACGGGUGA